UCCUGAAAAUAUUAAAAAAUUCGAAAUUAACUAUAGAACCUAGCAACGAAUUUAAGUGGAAAAAUGAGGACGACAAUAUCGCCGAAAAUAUUAAAUUACUUUUUUUCCCAGUAUAAUUUUAAUUUAAUAUUUAAAGGAUAAUGAUGUGCCUAUUUUACAAAAAAUUAGUGAAUGCAUACAAAUUGUUAAAAGAGAACGUCUCGGUAGAACUGGACACCGUACUACAACUGACGCAAGUUCUCUCAACGAUACAAUGGAUUCUUCAUUUCAUGAACGCGGAGGAUUUGACCCAGAACGUAUUGUUACUUCAACACCUAGAGCAAGUCAAGAGCGCGAAGUUCAAUGGCUUCAAGCUGUUUCGAGUAAUUCUCAAGUUACUGAAGAGGUGGAAAUGAGUGAGGAUAUUUCAACAAUUUGUGAGCAUGAUUUUAGUCCUUAA